GCUCCCGGGUUCUGCUCCCGCCGAUUUCCGUAUUGUUGACCCGAUGACAGCCAAGGAAACACGUACAAGUUAUUUCGGUGAUUUUCCUGCAUAGCCAUGGGUCAAUAGUGGUUUCAAGAAACCAGCCGCGCCUCGUGCGCCCAGUACACCAGCGAUGAUGACUUCCCAAGUCUACCAAACCAGCCUUUUGGCUUACAUCCAACUGACACAACAAGAAGACCAAUAUGGCCAAGAUCACAGAGAUGGCUGCAGGGCCGCUGGCCCUCGAUUCAUUGUGGCUUGAUGAGGCCACCUCACAAGCCAACAGCUCAGGAUAUGGAGCGGCGGGUCCAUUCGGCUGGGAGGACGCUGCUGGCGUUGACUUCGCCGCCGAGGUGGAGUCUGUGUCGCGGCUGUUCCCCCACCUGGACGGCCUGCCCUCUGAGCUGACUGGGGACGGCCUGCUGGGCGUGGCUGAGCAGUCGGCCGUGUGCGGCGGCACGAGCGUCGCGCUGGGCGCCGCGGGGACCACCUCGUCCCUCGGCUCGCCCGCCGACCCGCAGCCGUCGCCCGGCGACCAGUGUCUGAUGUCCCCAUCGGACGCGCUGCUCGCCUCGCCCGACCCCAGCCUGGGCUCCUCGCCGCUGGAGACGUCCCCGUCGCACGCGGAACUGCGCUCGGUAGGCGACUGGAAGGUUGCCACGAGCUCGGCACCGCGCUCGGAGAUCGUCCAUAUUCAGAGCGAUAACGCCAUCACGGACAAAAUCACGACUUUGAUUGACUUUGUGCAGCCGGCGCGUGCUGUGUCCACCAAGCCGCCGCCGGCCGAGGAGAUCUUCGUCUCCCCGUCUGACCUGGAGAUGAGCACGAGCAAAAUCACAGACACUUCAUCUGCUGAGUACCCUACGAGCUCUCCGGUGGAGGUGACCUCUCCGGCCGCUCAUGAGACCGCCUCCGGGUCGCCCGAGGAGGCGCUCUCACCCGAGAUCGAGUUCCUGGCGUCCUCAGUGGAGGAAGACGAGCACACGCGUAUGAUCGAUCAGGCGUUGGAGGAUCUUAAAACCCUGGAGAGUAUGUGUGGCAUCACAUCCGACCCCACACCUUCCGCAUCAUUAUCAGCAGGGUCUCCAGCGAGCGUUACCAACACGGCCACCACCCCACGCCUGGCGCCUUCCUCUGCUGCACCCACAACUCCUAAACCAGCCGCCACGGUGACCCCGAUCAAAGAGGAGCCCAUCGACCAAGACGAGGACAUUUCGAUUGUGGAGGAGCGCCCUGCGCCCCGCCGCCGUCGUCGCCGUCCUCCGCGCGUGGCGGUCACCCCCGCCGCCAGCCCGGCCACCCAGAUCGUCAUCAUGCUCACCAGCGAGCAGUUGGCGGGGAUUCAGCGCUCUGGACAGAUUGUGCUGAACGCCGCCGCGCUCCAGCCGAGUCUGGCGGCCGUCGAGGCGCUGACCUCGGGCGGAAAGGCGCCACAGAAGGCGCAGGCGAGCGGGAAGGCGCCACAAAAGGCGCAGGCGAGCGGGAAGACUCGCGGAAAGGCGUCUCAGACUGUGACAAAGGGACAGAGCGGCGCCAGAUCGGCGUCUGUGGUGAGGAAAGUCAGCAGCGCUUCGAGCACCAUCACCAGCGCUUCGAGCACCAUUACCAGCGCUGCCAGCACCAGCGCAGCCAGCACCAACACCAGCGCUGCGAGCACCAGCGGCACCAAGGCGGUGAAGCGACCCCAGGUCAUCGUCAAACAGGAGUCGGCCAAACGAGCCAGGAUCGAGGGGAAGUCAUCAGUCAGCUCGAAAGACCCUCUGUCGGGAUGGAUGGAACAAAAGCUCCCUCCGUCGGGCGUCGGCUGGGACCUGCCGCUGCUGCCGGCCCAGGCUCUGGAGCAGGACAUGCCGCUGCCCGCCGACGGUGGCUGCAUCCCGGACGACCUGCAGGACGUCCUGCUGGACGGCCCUGACGCCGGCGCGGUGCCCUCGCUGCCGGCCGACGCGGCUGACUGCCUGCUGGAGGAGCUCAUCUCUGGCUCGGUGCGCGAGAACCCGGGCCUGUUUGACGGCGUGCCGCCGGUAGGAGAGGUCGUCAAGCCGGUGGAGAGCGUGAUGCCGCCACAGCCGCUGGUGGAGGAGAUGGGGCAGAUGGUGCCGCCGCUGCAGCAGCAGCAGCAGGGAGCGCUGGGGAGCCCGCAGCCGGUGCUGUUGGCCCCCGCGCCCAUCGGGUUCAGUCUCAGUCCGCAGCAGCAGCCGCAGCAGGUGACCCUGGAGCCGUGGUCGCCCACUCUGUGCCCGUCGCCGGACGACAGCCCCAUAUCGCCGGCCUCCGAGUGCUGCUCUCCGGAGCUGGCUCCGGCGCCUGACUGGCAGCCCGGGCCGGCCGCCAGGCGCGGCGCGCGCAAACCGCGGCCCUACGACAAACCGGCGCGCGGCGGCGCGCGCCGACAGCCGCUCACUGAGGAGGAGAGACGCGAGAGGAAGAAGGAACAGAACAAGAACGCCGCCACUCGGUACCGUCAGAAGAAGAAAGUGGAGCACGACCUCGUCAGCGGCGAUCAGGAAAUGCUGGAGGCCCGCAACAAGGUACUCCGCGAGCGUGUUGGCGCCCUCAGCCGCGAGCUCAACUAUCUCAAACAGCUGAUGCGGGAGGUGCUGCGACACAAGCAGGUCUCCGCCUGAGCCUCCGAGGGUAGAGGAAGGAGAGAAGAGAGAGUGGAGAGUGAGGACAGAGAGAGGAGGGAGUGUGAGAGAGAGGGGCGGCGGCGGCGGUGAAGGUUUCGCCGCCCGCCGCCGCCGCCGAUAACCGUGACUUAGUGAGGUGAAGGUGCGACCAACGAAGAUAAACGGAGACAAACACAGGAGACCAGAGAUGACCAGAUGAGACAAGGAGACCGAAGGAGACCAGGAGAGACAAGGAGACUCAAACACCAUCAGGAGAGGAGGAAGGGGAGCGAGCGAACCCCGGCGGUGACGCGGCCGCGGUAGGGGCGGACCUUAUGACGGCCGCACGGCCCGAUCUCCGCCGCCGCCGCCGCGGCCGCUGCCGCCGCCGGGCCGACCGCGCGGCGCCACUCCCGCCGCCGGUGGCUCCCCGUGGAGAGGUGGCGGCUCGCGCGCCGAAAAGCGCGCAAGCGUAGUGAGGAGGCGAGCGGACACCGCACGACGCGGGGGCCGGCCGGUCCUUCCGAGGGAGUCCUCUCGAGAGAGGAGUAGUCCUCACGAGAGGGGCGGACCUCGGAGGACAGAGAAAGAGAGUGCCCGUGGCCGGCGGAGGUGGCCCGCCCCGUAGUGUCACGCGGCGUUCACAAUGGCGAGUGAAUGUGGAGACUAGAAACAUUACAGUGUCGAGGAAAUUAGUGCUAGUUGUGACCGACUGUGUGCUUCAAAUUCUCGCCCGGCGCGCGUUUCACCGUAGUGCUACAUGUCUAGUGUUCAAUGUGGGGACUCGUGGAGGCUCUCCCGAGUCCUGACGUAGGUUUAAGGUUUUCCGCUGACUGCGGGGUGGCGCCACUGUCCGCCCGGCGCGGGCGCGGCCCCUGCGCGCCGCGGAGUCCGCCCGCCUCUGCCCCCGACACAGCCGGUCGGUCGGACCGUGGGUCGGCCGACCGGCGCCCGCGCUCAGCGGCCUGCUCUAUACACCGCCGGCUGGUGACUGUGUCUGUCACUGAGAGAGAGGAGGAGAGCGGCUGAGGGGUGCGGGACGGCGCGUGGGGGUUUAGUGUGCCUGUGGGCACACCUGGGCCCUGUUUCACGGCUCGCUUAUAGCGGCUACUAGCCGCUGGUAGCGUGUCAUGAAGCAGGUCCCAGAAAUCACCCCACGCGCUAGCCCACACCUCCCCGCUGCUUAUCCCUGGGAGGUGCGCCGGACUGCGGCGGCCGUGGCGCGCGCGCGGCGAGCGUGGCGGCCUCUGGCGGCGCCCGGCGGACCUCUGAUUGGCCCAGACGCUGGGCGGGGCAGAACGCUGCCGGGGCCGCCGCCGCCGCCACCGGCGGACCCCGCCCCGCGUGCCGUCCGGCCGCCGGCGGACCCCGCCCCGCAUCCCACUCUGGGUGCUGGCGGCGAUUGGAGAGAGAGGAGGGGUGUGAGUGUGGAGAUACAGGAUACUGGCCGGUGGAA